AUGUCAGGUGUGCAGCAGGAACUCAAGCAGACGCAAGGGCAGUUUGAAUCGCACGUGAACCAGUUGCAGCAGCAACAUCUACAGCAGCUUCAGCAGCAGGCCUGCCAGAUUCAAGAGCUGCAGCUUCUGCAGAUCCAGCGCCUGCGGCCGUGGCUUGUGUUUGCAGUGCGCAGCGACGGAGCCACUGUCGACCUCUUGCGGCCACACCAUGAGCAGCGCAGAUUCAAGAGCCUGCUGUUGUCAACAUUAAGUGUAUUGAUUCUGAUGACGGCCCGGCAGAGAGAGAUUCGGAUGAGACUUGAUUCAAGUCCGACCAACACAGCGAUGGCAGCUCUUUAG